CUCUCAGGCACUAAUACGGCGUCAGUUAAUGAAAUAUUUGCCUGACGUCCUGUAUCCAGGAUCUGUGUGUGGCUUGUACAGUAGCUGUUCUGCUGCUGAGGAAAUGGGUUCUACGCUACAAUAAACUGGAGGGGAAUCAGAUGGAAGACUUCGGUGUAAAGAGUGGACGAGGAGGACAAAGAGAAGUUGUAGAUGUCAAGAUCCAGCACUCCUCCUCUCCCUCCCCCUCUUCUUUGCCGUCGGCCUGGCAAGGCUUUGGGAAGAAGGUGAGGUUGCUGCUGCCGUACGUCUGGCCCAAAGGCACUACAGUGCUGCAGGGACUGGUGCUGCUGUGCGUGGGCCUCCUGACGGCAGAGCGGCUGGUCAAUGUGCUGGUGCCCGUCUACUCCAAGAACAUCGUGAAUGAGCUCUCUGCAGGAGGCAGCUGGACAUCACUGAUUGCCACUGUCUGCAUCUACACACUGCUGAAGUUCCUACAAGGAGGAGGGGCAGGUACCUCUGGUUUCAUCAGCAACCUCCGUCAGUUUCUGUGGAUCAGAGUUCAGCAGUUCACCAGCAGAUGCGUUCAGGUGCGCCUGUUUUCCCACCUGCAUGGCUUGUCUCUGCGCUGGCACCUGGAGAGGCGCACCGGGGACGUGCUGAGGAGUGUCGACCGGGGCACCUCCUCCAUCAACAACCUGCUGAGCUACAUCCUGUUCAGUAUCCUCCCUACCAUCUGUGACAUCGUCAUUGCCAUCAUCUACUUCGUCUCCUACUUCAGUGUCUGGUUUGGACUCAUAGUUUUCACCUGCAUGGUGCUCUACCUCACCAGCACCAUCCUGAUCACAGAGUGGAGGACGAAAUACAGGAGGGAGAUGAACAAUCAAGACAACAACGCCAAGUCCAGAGCUGUCGACUCGCUGCUCAACUUUGAGACGGUAAAAUAUUACAACGCUGAGGAUUAUGAGGUCCGCUGCUUUGAGGAGGCCAUUCUGAAAUAUCAACAGUGUGAGUGGAAGAGCUCAGCAUCGCUCGCGCUGCUGAAUCAAACCCAGAGCAUCAUCAUAGGAUCAGGGCUGCUGGCGGGAUCUCUGCUCUGCGCCUACCUGGUCUCUGUGGGACAAUUCCAGGUUGGAGAUUAUGUUCUGUUUGGAACCUACAUCAUCCAGCUGUACACGCCUCUGAACUGGUUUGGUACCUACUACAGGCUGAUUCAGAGUGCAUUUGUCGACAUGGAGAACAUGCUGGCACUGUUGACGGAGCAGAAGGAGGUUCAGGAUGCUGAGGACGCACAGGACUUGCAGCUCGCGGCAGGUCAGGUGGAGUUUGACAGAGUCUCCUUCAGCUACGUGCCUGGCACUGAGGUUCUCAGAGAUGUGACCUUCACAGUGGAGGGGGGACAGACGGUUGCCCUGAUUGGUCCCUCUGGAUCAGGGAAAAGCUCCAUCCUGCGUCUCUUGUUCAGAUUCUACGACCCUCAGAGUGGCUGCAUCCGCAUAGACGGCCAGGACAUCUCCAAGGUGCAACAGUCAUCUCUAAGGUCGUACAUCGGCGUGGUUCCCCAGGACACAGUUCUUUUCAACGACACCAUCGGCAACAACAUCCGCUAUGGCCGAGUUACAGCUACCAGCCAGGAGGUGGAGAGAGCUGCCAUGGCUGCUGACAUACACACCAGGAUACUGGAGCUACCUCAGGGUUAUGACACAGAGGUGGGGGAGCGAGGGCUGAAGCUCAGCGGUGGGGAGAAGCAGAGAGUGGCGAUUGCUCGAACCAUCCUGAAAGAGCCUCAGAUCAUUCUGCUGGACGAGGCCACUUCUGCACUGGACACCCAAACUGAGAGGAACAUCCAGGCUUCACUGGCCAAGGUCUGCACCAACAGGACGACUAUAGUGGUCGCACACAGGUUAUCCACCAUCAUCGGCGCAGACCAGAUCCUGGUGGUUCACAAUGGACAGAUCGCAGAGAGAGGAAGACAUGAGGAGCUGCUGGUCCAGGGAGGUCUGUAUGCAGCCAUGUGGAUGAAACAGCAGAAAACUCUCAACACACCACCAGAAACGCAGAUCAACAAUCAGACUCAAGCACCGUGACGUAGAACUGAGUAUGAACAUUUUUUGAUGCAGUACUCACCUCAUACUUUUUUAUUUAUUGUAUUCUCAUGUAUCUGCAUCCCUGGCUAAAGUAAAGUCUGCAGCUGGUUAGGAAAUGACAUUGACACUGUUAUUCUCAUUCAUACCUAUUAAGUUUCACCGAGGCUGAAGAGGCAGUAGGAAAGGCUACAGUAGGAACAGUUAUGUAUUUAGUUUUUCAGCAAUCUCUAAUUUUCGUUGCUUAACCUUAAUUAGCUAACAAACACAGAGUUAAGUAACACUGGAAUUUUGCAGGAAUGUUAAAUCGUCAGAUAGGAUGAAGAACAACGACUUCCAGCUUCAUUGAUAUGAAGCACCUGAAACCAUCCUAGGCCUCAAGUCUCAUAUCAAUCCAGUCCAUCCGUUAUAAAGUUUUUCCAAUAUAGGUAAAAACCAUGGCCUGUGGGUGGUGCAAGUUUUAAAAUGCAGCAGCUGUUACUUUCACUGGCUCUACGUGGGGGCAUGAAUAUGCCUGGAUCUGCAGGUUUAAGCUGCUGCUGCUGUUAUUUUCCUUUUCUUAUAGGUUUCUACAUUUCAUCGAGUUUUGACAUGUGUAGAACUGGUGUGGUGAACCAAUUAGCUCGUCUUAUGGAAAAUCUCCAGCCUGCAAAACAUGAGCGCAAGUGAGUUACAAGCCAAUUUCAAGCAGCAUUACAUUUGGCUAAUGCCAAACUUUUGCGCAUGAAUGUAGCUACAGCCGUGGAAAGACAACUAAAGCUGAAGCUGCAGAAAACGGUAACAUUAGCCCGCUAACAACUGUGGUAGAAAUGCUGUCAUGAACAAUGGGACGAAUUUACUAAAUGUCAAGGUGAAAGUUCCUCUGUAGCAGAAGAUGUUGGCAGUGGCCAGAUAGUCUGUGAAGAUUCCACCUGAGUCAUUACAGCAGAGGCGAUUAUGUUACUGUGAUUGUUUUGGUAAAAACAUCCUGGAUGGGCUCAAAGUGCCGGUGUCAAAGGUUACUGUUUGGGGUAAAACUAUAUCAGCAGCCUGAGGGCCAGAAAAGAG